UUUGUUGUUUCAUGUCUUUCCUCAGCAACAGCAGCUCAGCUGUCUCCACUCAGAUUCUACAAAGUUGACCGGUUAAAACUAAACGUUUCYAUCCGUCCGGUUCGAGAGUGAAAACCGACUGCAGCAGACUGAACAGAGCCCAGGCUCUGAAACUUGAAGACCGCAGGACGUUUCUGUGAUUUAUUGGGUCGCAAAUCUUUGUUACGACUCGGCCGAGCCUCGUGUCAGCUACCGGACAACUCAAACCAAUCAGAACCCAUCAUCUCUCGUGUGACCUCGAUGAUGUCACGGAUCUACYGGAGGAUGAAGGGAACCAUGACUGUAAAGAAAGAGCAUACCAUCCUGGUUUCCUGCAUCCUCAUUCAGUCGGACCAGAUUCAAUUUGUUUGACAGAUUGAACCGGAGAAUCUCUGAAGGGAGGAAAGAGUUAAAGCUUCUUCUGGCAGUCUGAUGGGAGGGGGUACGGUACGGAGCGGAGAAGCGAGACGCUGACAGAGUCUUCACGAGUUCACGUCUGCAGUCAGGAACACGACCCAAACAGCCAGAGGAAUGGAGCUCUGCUCUCUACUGCGCUAGCUGCUCUCUAAUUGGCUGAGCUCUGACCCCCCCACCCCCAUCAUGGCUCACCUGUUCCUCGCCAGCAAGAUCACCAUGCCGGACGACCUCUACGCCAAAGGGGGCGGAAGGAUCCCGAGGAACGCCGUGAGGAUACCGACGUCCAUCUCGGCAGAGAGGCUGAGCCGGGAGAAGACCAGGAAGGACAGUGCUGUCGUCGUGACAACACGUAUACCGCACGUCAACGAGGUCCAGCUGACGGCGGCGACCGGCGGCGCGGAGAUGUCCUGCUACCGCUGCGUGGUGCCGUUUGGCGUGUUUGUCCUCAUCGCCGGCGUCGUGGUGACGGCGGUGGCCUACACCUUCAACACCCAUGGGUCCACCAUCUCCCUGCUCGGACUGGUGCUGCUUUCUGCAGGGCUGGGCCUGCUGGGAUCCAGCGCCAUCUGCUGGAGACUCCGGCUAAGGAAGAAGAAGGACAAACGAAGGGAGAGUCAAACCGCCCUCAUGGUCAGCCAGGGCUACUGCGUGCCCUAAUCUCCUUGAAGUUUGGACAAUCAAACCUCAAGCUCUUCAUUUCAUGCUGCAGAUAUCUUUAAUGGUUUAUAACUGAAUGCACCACACAGACGCCAUACUGGGUCACCAGGUUAACAGGCUGUACAGAGCUCAUAACCCCCCAUCCUUCAUGCUCAACAA